UCAGAAACUUUUUUUCCCCAAUUCCCAUUUCCCUUCCCGUCCCCUUCUCCUAAACCGACAUUCCCUUUCCUCAUUUCCCUUCCUUCUCCUUCCUUCUCAUUCCGUCACUAUUCAUCAUCAUUUUCAAACCCUUCUUUGCAUCCUCAAGACCUUCGAAACCCAUGCUCUUAUCCCGCCGUCCCUUGUCUUUGAUUUUCGAAGAAAUUGGGUUCUUCUUCCUCUGAAUUUCUAAAGGCUGUGUGAAAUCAAAGUAGCAUCGAAAUCCUUUCAAACCAUGUCUAUUUAGAAGGAGUGAGCUUCAAUCUCGUGAUUAAACAUCCACUUCAAACCAUGAAUCAAGCAUUAAGUCCGUUUUCCUCCUUGUUUCUGGUAGCUGAACAAAAGGAGACGACGUCAUCGAAGAACCCUUCUAGUUGAUAGCUGGAUUCGUUACCUUGAAGCGACAUCGUCACCUGAUUACAGAUCGGAAUCGGUCGGGAACGAUGGGUUAGCGGCGUUGAAUAGCGUUCCAAGGAUGUAUAUUAAGCUGAGCACGUAGGAAUUUGUAGAUUUGUAUUAGGAUUUUGGAUAAAUGUAUAUUUGUUUUGGCUAUGCUGGUUAUAUCGGACUUGUAGAGAAUUAUAUGAUUGUCUUGUGUUUUAAAGAGAUAUUGAUUUUGGGAUUUAGCUGAGCUAGUCACGUUGAAGAGCUUGUGACCCCUUUUGCUUGAGUUUUGGAAGUGUGAUUUCAGUUUCUUGGGAAACGAACCUAGUGAUGACCCUGUUUACCCAGUCAGCGGUAAGUCGGGUUGUUACACCUUUACCCUUUUCUAUCUUAGUUAUCUAUUCGAGUUUUUUGUUUCCUUUUGUUUUUCUUUUUUAUGAUUCAGUUACAAUUUUAAUGUGGUUUAUUUGUUAUAGAUGCCUUCCUAGGCGAGAAUGCGACAUGUAUACCACUCACAUUUCUCUUUGUAGGGCCCAUCCUUUUUGGGGAUUAUUUGUGUGCGUGCAGUCCUCUGCGCCCUUUCCUUGUAGCGGGUACGAGUAUGGUAUGUCCGCUUCCUUCCUCUCCCGGACCCCGACCUAUGCAGGAUACUAGGAAUUACCGUUAAAGAAGAAGAUGGCUUGUAGCAUAUCAUCUUCUGCAUUUCUUAUAUCGCUAGACUUGUUUGGAGCUCGAAAGAAUAAGCCCACCUCAUUAUCAUGGUCUUCUUCAUUUCCUCAAUUCAAUCUUUCUCUCAAUUCCAAAACUAAUUUGUCAAAUUCUACACCCAAACAGGAUUUUGUUGUUCAAGUAGCUUGGACUCGGAGAUCUCGAGGAGAACCAAGGAAAACCGGUAGGAAAUCAUGGAAGCAACGGACUGAUAUGUUCAUGAGACCUUUUCUGCUAAAUGUAUUCUUCUCGAAGCGAUUUAUUCAUGCCAAAGAGAUGCACCGUGGAACCAGCAAAGUGAUAUCUGUUGCAACCACGAAUGCUAAGGAUUUAAGAACUACCUUGACAUCCCUUACUGAUAAUAAUGCAUGCAGAGUGGUAGGUAAGCUCAUUGCUGAAAGAUCAAAAGAAGCUGAUGUAUAUGCCCUGGCCUAUGAGCCUCGGAAAGAUGAGCGCAUUGAGGGAAAGCUUGGCAUCGUCCUUGAUACCAUUAGAGAAAAUGGAAUCAUUUUUGUAGAUUAAUCUCACAUUUACUUGUUAUGGUGAAGAUUGUGUAGAGUGAAAUUGUGAUUUUACUAUUUAGUGCUGCAUUGCUUAAGCUACUUUCAUGCUUA